AUGACUUCGAACCAGUCAGUACCUCUUGCACCGCGGAAGGCCGAAGAGGACGUUUGGAAAUAUCCUCGGCCACCAGCUCUGCAACGCACACCCAACCGUUUGAGGGUGAUAUGGACCUCUUCGGAAGGUGCAGAGACAAUCAUAGCUGAUUCCACCGAAGGAUAUCGAGUCUUAGAGACAAGUCAUCCGCCCACAUAUUACCUACCACCUUCAGCUGUGAAGGUCCCUCUGACCAAGACAACCAGGCAGACUUUCUGCGAGUGGAAGGGCAAGGCAUCCUAUCAUACCUUGAAUCCCCCAUCCUCCUCAAAAGGGAUAGAAAACAGAAUAUGGUCGUAUCCCAAUCCUACGGCAGAUUUUGCACCGAUCAAAGACUAUCUGAGCUUCUACGCCUCGACGGGCAAGAGCGAAGCAGAAAUAGGUGGCAGAUGGAGAUGCUUUGUAGAUGAAGAAGAGGUUGGAGUACAACAGGGAGACUUCUACGGAGGAUGGAUCACUAGCAAUAUCAAAGGGAAGAUGAAAGGUGGACCUGGCACAUGGGGUUGGUGA